UGCUAAACAAGGCCGAUCCGGUUUUAAAAGCACUGCUUUAACUAAGAUGCAGACUGCUCUAUCAAGCCGGCCAGCGGCCUUCUCAGGCUCCAGGCUUCGGACGGAUGUCGGCCAGCAACGAGUUGCUCCGAUCUCACGGGUAGCGGUACCGAUGGUGCAUGCCGUCGCAGCUGGCGCCACGGACACCGAGCGCGUCGACGGGCGUGCCCUUCGCCGGUCUCUGAACCAGACGGGGCGCUACGUGCGUCAGCCUACGAACAACCCUGUUAGCCAGCAGCUCAUGGACGAGCAUGGCGUUGGCUACUCCACCAGCGGCCUAGUUGCUCAGAUGCGCUCCCAGGGCAACCGCUGGAAGCAGGGCGAGGUGUCCGUCAAGCUGGCGAACGCGUAUGGCUACUGCUGGGGCGUGGAGCGGGCUGUGCGCAUGGCGUAUGAGGCGCGCCAGGCGCACCCGGAUAAGAAGGUGUAUGUCACCAAUGAGAUUAUCCACAACCCUGAGGUCAACAAGCGCCUGCGGGAGAUGAACAUCGAGAUCAUCGAGGACCACGGCAAGGGCAAGGACUACAGCCAGAUCGCGGGCGGCGACGUGGUCAUCUUCCCCGCCUUUGGUGCCACCGUGCAGGAGCUCAACGACUUCAAGGCGCGCGGCGUGCAGAUGGUGGAUACCACCUGCCCCUGGGUGGCCAAGGUCUGGAACUCGGUCGACACGCACUCGCGCAAGCAGUACACCUCCGUCAUCCACGGCAAGUACUCGCAUGAGGAAACCGUGGCCACUGCGUCGUUCGCGGGUAACUACGUCAUCAUCAAGGACCCCAAGGAGGCGCAGUACGUGUGCGACUACAUCCUAAACGGCGGCAACCGUGAGGAGUUUCUGGCCAAGUUUGCCAAGGCGGUGUCCCAGGGCUUUGACCCGGACACCAUGCUACAGCGUGUGGGCCUGGCCAACCAGACGACCAUGCUCAAGGGCGAGACCAUGCAGAUCGGCAAGAUGCUGGAAGCCACCAUGAUGCAAAAGUACGGCGCGGAGAAGCUGAACGAGCACUUCCUGCUCAUGGAGACCAUCUGCGACGCGACGCAGGAGCGCCAGGACGCCUUGUACGCCAUGGUUGCGGAUCCCGAGAUUGACUUCAUGGUCGUGGUGGGCGGCUUCAACUCCUCCAACACGAGCCACCUGCAGGAGAUUGCGGAGCACAAGGGCCUGCCGUCGUUCUGGGUGGACAGCGCCGAGCGCAUUGACGUCGGCAGCAACACCAUCCUUCACAAGCUGGCUCAUGGGGAGCUGCGGGAAACCGCCAACUGGCUGACGCCGGGCAAGCCCAUCACCAUCGGCAUUACCUCGGGCGCUUCCACGCCGGAUCGCACGGUGGAGGAGGUGCUGCACAAGGUGUUCCAGAUCUACGAUCCCGCGUUCGGGGGCGUGGCGCCCAAGGAGUGUGGCCGCCUUGCAGUGCCGGAGGAGCAUUAGAGGGAGCGCUGUGUGUGUGGGG